GGUCAGUGUUCGGCAAACAUGGUGGAUCAAAAACACAAAUCUGAAUUCAUAGCUAAGGGCGCCUGAAUUUCACACAACGGAGAAGAGCAGAUAUUUCAAUCCGGAUCUUCCUAUAAAUGUCUUGCCUUUUAGGUUCAAGGAAACUGCAGCAAAUUUGCUAAAAUGGAUGACGUAGACGCAGUCUUGAUGAGAGCCAGCAUCCCGGUGCACGUGGUCGCUGGCAUCGCAGUGGUUUUGAAUCUUCUCGUGGUGGUGGUGUUUGCUCGAACCAAGCAACUCCGCAUCAAGUACUAUGGCUUCGUCUUCAACCUCGUACUCGCCGACAUCGCCUACCCUGCAAUGCUGAUUAUAUUCAUUCACUUCAGGCACGUGGCCACGGUUGUUGCCCUGUCUAGGGCUUUCUUCUUGACCGCCCAGCUCAGCAUCUUGGCCGUAGCCGUGAAUCGUUUGCUGGCGCUGUCUCUGAUGCCGCCUGCCCGCUAUGACGCCGUAGUGACACCCGUCCGCAUGGUGAUCGCAUGUCUCCUGAUUUGGAUCCUAUCUGCCGUGCUUUUCUUACCUACGACGUACCUCCAAGACCCCACCAUCAACUGGCUGAUCCAAGCUCUGAUUCCCCUUUUUAUUCUGAUCGUCACUGGGGUUUUAUACCUCGUGGUCUUCCGUAAGAUAUCCAUGUAUACGCCGCCGCUGGCGUCCAUCGGUGGAGUCAAUAACAUAGAUGGACAGGCUGGUACCCGCGUGCGCCAAACGCGUCACCUUAUGGUGACGUUCACGAUCAUAUUCGUGGCGUCUGCUGUCUGUUGGCUGCCAUUUUGUGUGGGCUUUAUUGUCCUGUUCACGCACGGCGAACUCACCUUGUCGGUUGUGGUAUUCUUGCGGCACAGCUAUGCAGCGUUGCCGAUGAAUUCCGCUCUCAACCCUUUCAUCUACUUUUGGCGUUUCCGAGAGGGGCGAGAAGGUUUCUAUAGGUUGCUGUGCGCAUGUUCCAGCCGCUGGAAGCACCAGGCGGAAACGGAUGCGAGCACAGUAGCAGAAACCGAAAUGUAACAUUAGGCCCAUGAGACUGAGGCUGAAUCCACUUUCAUUAUACACAUGUGUUAAUGCCAGCCGUAUAUAUAGCGAAAUGAAAUCGGACCAGACCUGAGAGUCAGGUUUUGGCAGGGGCACUUUCGUCGCCUUCCACCUCUAUGGCCCGUGGUCCAGUCUCAUUUCGAUGGACACGCCGUUCGGUCUUUAGUUUGUAGCUGCCUGGUUCCAUUUGGUUUCCCAAAAAUAUCGUUUUGUUGUUUUCCUCCAACGUUACAAAAAGGACGCUUUGUUCAUGAUUUUGCGUUCUUUGGAGUGUCUGUUUUCCUUUUAGGAUCUACAGGUUCCAUGCAGUGUAAAAUUAUAAUACAUGUACAUCAAAAACAAAUCGGGAUAUACCAAUUUGAGGAGCCAUUUUAGGAUCUCAUCGUUUGUUGUCAUUCAAUAAAUUUGGGUUUCACUUUUUUCCCCUGUCCCUGUUACGUGUACAUGCACAUCUGUGAUUUUAUAAUUCUGAUGCAAUCCCUAUAUAAUGCAGUCGUCUUCCAAGAGCGAUUAUGAAUAACCAACUACCUUCCAAAAAAUAAACAUCUCCUGAUUUUAUUCUUAAUGAUAUUUGAAUGGAAAAUUCAAAAUACUAAGGUAACAGGGACAGUAUUUGGUAGUGGCAAAUAAAUGUAAAUUUAAUUUAAUCGAAUAAUACAACUGACA